AUGGAUGCCAGAGUCAAAGCCAUCAACACCAUCUUCAUCAAGGCCGCGGUGGUGGAGUGCUACAGUACGGGACGACCUGUCGGUGACCUCAUCGAAACCGCGGCAAUUUCCCGUGUCUUUGGAGACUUUAGAGCGCACAUCACCUCAGUAAAGCCUAAUCUGGACCAUAGCCAAGGUGCUUCCGGCAUCAUACCUCUAAUCCAGUCAGUUCUUGCUUUGAAGCAACAAACCAUUCCUUCCGACAUCAAGUUCUCAAAGCCUUUCAACGAACGCAACUUGACAGUCCCUUUCAAGCCAACACCAUGGCCACAGUCAACGCAUGAGUGUAUCAGGAUCAACUCUUUUGGUAUGGGAGGAACAAACGGACAUGCAAGCGUUGACUCUGCUACCAGCUUCUUCGCCAUUGCUCCCACAUCAAAUGGUGCCCAGUCUGAAGAGACGCCAGAGCUUCGUUUGCUAUAA